AUAAUUCGACAGGAGACAACCCUUUUGUGUCGUAAAUAACUGCAAUCCAGUUCCCUUCAUUCCCAAAAUAUUUGUAUGACUAAGUUCUUUCCACCCAUUUCUGUAUUUAAAACCACAAAACGGAUCAGUCACCUUGGUCCCUGGCUGUCGAUUUACUUUUCCACAACCAUGGCAAGUCACUCAUGAAGUUUGUGAAACGGUUUAAACUUUCAAGAGUACAUCUUCUACCCUUUCUUCCACUAAAUUUGGAUAAAUCCAGAAGCAUUUAAUCAGUAUCCCUUUAUCUAUCAUGAAGAAAACAUACAGAUAGAUUUUGAGAGGCCGGUUUUGUGAGAUUAGAUGAGUUAGAACAGUGGAGGAGUACUCAACUCAUGAUGUCGAGCAAUGCAAUCACUAUUCUUUUCUUGUCUCUCAACAUCUUUAUGUUUCCAGCCAUCUCUGCCUUGAACCGAGAAGGUCUGUCUCUACUUUCAUGGCUUUCAGCCUUCAAUUCAUCUUCCUCUGCUACAUUCUUCUCUACAUGGAAUCCAAACCACCAUAACCCAUGCAAAUGGGAUUAUAUCAAAUGUUCCAAUGAUGGGUUUGUUUCAGAAAUCAUGAUAACCUCCAUCAAUCUUCACACAAGCUUCCCCACCCAGCUCCUCUCUUUCAACCAUCUCACUGCACUUGUCCUUUCAAAUGCAAACCUCACCGGAGAAAUCCCACCUUCAAUAGGAAACAUGUCUUCCCUGGUCACCUUGGACCUCAGCUACAAUGCUCUAUCAGGGAACAUCCCAACCGGAGUAGGAAAAUUAUAUGAGUUGCAGUUAUUGUCACUGAAUUCAAAUUCCUUACAGGGUCCAAUUCCAACUGAAAUCGGGAAUUGCUCAAAACUUCAACAGCUUGAAUUGUUUGAUAACCAGCUCUCGGGAAGGAUUCCUGUAGAACUAAGCAAUUUGUCAGGUCUGGAAGUAUUCCGUGCUGGUGGAAAUCAAGGAAUUCAUGGUGAAAUCCCAAUGCAAAUAUCAAACUGUAAAAGACUAGUUUUUAUCGGUCUUGCGGAUACAGGUAUUUCAGGACAGAUUCCAAGCAGCUUGGGAGACCUUAAGAAUCUCCAGACGCUUUCAGUCUACACAGCCAAUCUCACGGGCCAAAUCCCGACAGAAAUUGGUAAUUGCUCAUCCUUAGAGUACUUGUUUCUAUAUGAAAACCAGCUGUCCGGAAAGAUUCCUGAUGAAUUGAGUCUGCUGAAAAACCUCAAAAGGGUGUUAUUGUGGCAGAACAGUCUAAGUGGAAGCAUGCCUAAAACUCUUGGAAAUUGUUCAAAUUUGAUGGUUAUCGAUUUCUCAUUGAAUUCCCUCAGUGGUGAGCUUCCUGAGUCUCUUUCAAAUUUAGUCACAUUAGAGGAGCUCCUUGUGUCUUACAAUAAUAUUUCUGGCAAAAUACCAUCAACUAUCAGCAACUGUUCAAGUCUGAAGCAACUUGAAUUGGAUAACAACAGAUUUUCUGGUGAAAUUCCACCUGCCAUAGGACAACUAAAAGAACUUACUCAAUUUUUUGCCUGGCAGAAUCAUCUUCUUGGUAGCAUACCAACUGAGCUAGCCAACUGUGAGAAACUUCAAGCACUGGAUCUUUCACACAAUAUGCUCACUGGGUCAAUUCCAUAUUCUCUCUUCAAUCUCAAGAACUUAACCCAACUGUUGUUAAUAUCAAAUAGAAUAUCAGGUGAACUUCCACCAGAUAUUGGCAAUUGCACCAGCUUGAUCCGUUUACGGAUGGGAUCGAACAACUUCACGGGUCAAAUACCAUCAGAAAUUGGGCUCCUACAUCGUUUGAGCUUUCUUGAGAUGUCAGACAACCAAUUUACAGGAGAAAUUCCUCCUGAAAUCGGCAACUGCACUCAACUAGAAAUGAUUGAUUUGCAUGGAAAUGCACUCCAGGGCAUGAUUCCUUCGUCAUUAGAAUUCCUUGUUGGUCUAAAUGUUCUUGACAUUUCCAUGAAUAGAAUAGGAGGUAUAAUUCCUGAGAAUCUGGGCAAGCUUACGUCCUUAAACAAACUGGUAAUCCGUGGGAACCACAUUACCGGUUUAAUCCCUGCAUCACUUGGCCUCUGUAGGGAUUUACAGUUGUUGGAUAUGAGCAGCAACGAGAUCACUGGUUCCAUCCCAGAACAAAUUGGUCAUCUGCAAGGAUUAGAUAUUCUCUUGAAUUUGAGCAGGAAUUCUCUGACUGGUGCCAUUCCAGAGAGCUUUUCAGAUCUUUCAAAGCUUGCCAACUUGGAUCUCUCUCACAACAUGCUAACAGGAAGCCUGAGAGUACUCGGCAAUCUCGAUAACCUAGUAUCUCUAGAUGUCUCAAACAAUAAUUUUUCAGGUCUCCUACCCGAUACUAAGUUCUUCCGCGACCUGCCAGCCACAGCGUUUUCUGGUAAUAAAAAACUCUGCAUCGACAGAAGUAAGUGUCGCAUAAAUGAGAAUCUUCACGGAAUGAGAUUUGCCGGAAAACUUAUAAUCUAUGCUCUUCUCAGUUUAACUAUAACAGUGGUGGUAGUGAUUUUUGGACUUUUUCUAUUUAACAGAGUCCGAGGAACCACAUUUGAGAAGAAUGAUGAAGAAGAUCAUGACUUGGAAUGGGAUUUCACCCCAUUUCAAAAGAUUAGCUUUUCCAUAAAUGAUAUUGUCACAGGGCUGUUGGAUGCUAAUGUUGUAGGAAAGGGUUGUUCAGGCAUUGUUUAUCGUGUUGAGACUCCAAGAAAGCAGGUUAUCGCAGUGAAGAAGCUAUGGCCAGUGAAGAAUGGGGAGCUUCCAGAGAGAGACCUGUUUUCUGCAGAAGUUCAGACUCUUGGAUCCAUAAGGCACAAAAAUAUAGUGAGGCUUCUGGGAUGUUGUAACAAUGGAAAAACCAGAUUGCUCUUGUUUGAUUACAUCUGUAAUGGUAGUUUGGCUGGAUUGCUCCAUGAGAAGAGACUGUUCUUGGACUGGGAUGCUAGGUAUAAGAUCAUACUGGGAGCAGCUCAUGGUUUAGCCUAUCUUCACCAUGACUGUAUUCCUCCAAUAAUUCAUCGUGACAUUAAAGCUAACAACAUCUUGGUAGGCCCACAAUUUGAAGCGUUUAUAGCAGAUUUUGGCCUUGCAAAACUUGUUCAAUCUUCAGAGUGUUCAAGAGCUUCCAACACAGUCGCUGGUUCUUAUGGUUACAUUGCUCCUGAAUAUGGAUACAGCUUGAAGAUCACAGUAAAGAGUGAUGUGUACAGCUAUGGCGUGGUGCUCCUAGAGCUCUUAACCGGGAUGCAACCAACCGAUAACAGGAUACCAGAAGGUGCUCACAUCGCCACCUGGGUUAACAGGGAAUUUCGAGAAAGAAAAAGAGAAUUCACUUCAAUUCUUGAUCAACAACUAGUUUCGCGAUCCGGAACACAGAUUCAGGAGAUGCUUCAAGUGCUUGGGGUGGCUCUACUAUGCGUGAACGCUUGCCCAGAGGAAAGGCCAACGAUGAAAGAUGUAGCAGUGAUGCUCAAGGAAAUCAGGCACGAAAAUGAGGAUGUUGGAAAACCAGACUUGCUUGACAAUGGGGAAGCAACCAACCCAAAAGCAACAGUCCAAUGUUCUAGCUUCUCUAGAUCAUCUGAACCUCUAAUCAGAUCACCCAUCAAAUUUCCAUAGCAUCCCAACAUCUAGAAUGUAGUUCAUUGAUAUUUUUUCUUUCUAAAUUACAAAUAACGAAGUAAUUCAAGUAGAUUGAUUGAUGUUAUUAUGUUGUAGAAAGAGGUUAUCACACUUAAUUUCUUUGUUGUAAUUGCUU